GUGUAUUUUAGUUUUGUGUUUUGUAGUUUUAACUUCUGAGCCAUUAGUGACCUGUCAGGCGAGCCUGGAACCGAGCCAGCAGGUUUCCUUUAACUAGGUUUCUGAUGUGUGCUAUAAGAGAUAUAUAAUUACAUUUUUGAAAGUCUUCUCCGAGGUUGAGUUUAUCUCCUUCCGUGGCCCGGUAACCACGAGACCUUGCUCGUGUGUGUUCACCCUGACUCUUAUCUCUUCCUGCAAAUUGUAUUAGUACCACUAGAGGAGGUAACCCACUCUGUAGUAGUCACCAGACCAGCCCACGGCACGCAAGCUGGGGGGUAAUGAGUGUGAAGCUGGUGUAGCUGGUUCAGGUGUAGCUGUCGCGUAGUUAGUUAUAGUAUAGUGCUGUAAAUAAACGUGUGUUCUAUCUUGUAGCGUAUUAUUACUCGGCGAAGUUGGUUUGAUAUCUGAUACACUGGGUGAAGUUGCAGGAUGCUGAGUUCUGCACCGAGCAUGUCCCUUAUCUCGCCUCACCAGAUGGUACCCUUCUUAAUUAACUUAACCUUUUAUCUCCCCCAACUUUGCCAUUUUUCACCGGGUCGUGUACACCAUUUUAUUUAGGUGCACCUUACUUUCACUAGCUCCUCCUUCCUGGUCCCCACAUCAGUCACAUGCUCUGGGUUGGACAGAAGUUGAAGUUCUAUUUCGAUAUUUUAGAGUUGUCUCACUUUAUUACUCCGCGUAGCUAGGUGAUAGUCUCUUCAAGUGGAUAUUAUAUCCGCUCUUGUUUGGUGAUCCUAAAAUCAUCAUGCAUUAUCCGCCCUGUCAUAUCUCGUGAACUCUAUUUCUAUUGGUGGCUGGCUUUUAAUAAUUCGAUUGCUGUAUACAUUAAAUCAUCCAUAAUUCACUUACAAGGUUAAAAUGAUACAAAUUAACAUCAUGAAUUUGUUACCUUUUACCACGGUAUUUGCUCCUUUUAUAAAUUUUUCGUAACUUCAACCUCUAACCGUUCCGCCCACUUUAGUGAAAACAAACAGUAUGUUUCGAGCAAUGAUGUCUCAACAACAACAACAGCAGCAACACAUGCAAGGUGGUAAUCCCGGACAGCAGCAGAUAUACCAGCAACUAUCCCCUCACUCUGUAGCCUCUACUCUGGCUCAGAUCGGUGUAGAUCCUGGAUAUUAUAGUGAUAGUGAGUGUUCUAGUAACAGUUCUGAGAAGGUUAACGAGGAGGGAAAUGUCUCACCCCAGCAGAACAAGCUCACCCGAAUCCCUGAACAACAGAUACAGCAACAACCUAACAGUAACUCAAACUACAACUGUUUCAACGACUACUUUGGAUUUAACGAGCUGGUAAAACCCCUGCCCCUACGAUACCCUGACUCUCUAGUCCUUGGCAACCAAGGAAACCAGACCCCCGCUUUUGAGAGUCCUCCCGCUGGAACGUGGAAGGACCAGGGUGGAUGGAAAGCAGUGGAGUCCCCAGCUAAAGAUAGUGCCGUGUCAGAAGGAGGAGAGAGUGUGGAGGAGAAUCAGAUGUACACCCCCGCUACCAGCCCUCCCUCUACUGCUGCUACUCCUCCUAUGGUGCCCACUGUCAAGAAGAACAACGGCAAGAGGAAUAAAGUUCAGGUGUGCGUAUUCUGCCGGAAUAACGGAGAAGAUGAGUCCGUCUACUCGACCCACGCCCUCAAGGCGCCCGAUGGCAAAGUAACAUGCCCCAUCCUGUUCGCUUACGAGUGCCCAAUCUGCAGAUCCACCGGAGAGAACGCUCACACUCUCAAGUACUGUCCCAGGAACCCUAACGGACAGGGACACAUGCCAGCACAGAACAACGGAGGACAGAACGGCUACAACAACUCUGGAGGACAGGGCUACUCGGGAAGAUCUAACAUGGGAUACGGAACAACAACAACAACAACAGCAACACAAACAACAACAACAGCAGCAGUUCCAACAACCCCUCCAGCAACAACCCAUCCAACACUCAGAGCGCUCAGUUCAACUCUAACCUCAUGCAGGCAAUGCUACAGAUGGCUCAGAUGAACGGAGGAAACCUCCACCCUAGCCUGGCUCAGCUCAACUUCAACAUGGCUGCCAUGCUCUACCAACAACAGAUGGGACAGAACCCAUCUGACCAACAGCAGCAACAACCUAGCAACCCCUUCGCAGAGUGGGUCCAGCAGCAGCAGCAACAACAGCAGUACACUGGAGAGAACAAGAACUACAACUCCCAGAGUUACAGCACUCAAUCCAGCUACAACAGCGGAUACAAUGACGCCUCCCCUACCUACAAUAACAACCCUUCUCCAACCUACAACAACACCAACAGCUACAACAAUGCUAGCUACACCCCCAACUACAACACCUCCUACAGUGAGAUGUACAACACCCCCCAGCACUCUGACACUUACACUCCCGCCCCCUCCACCCCCUUCUCUGCUUCCAACACUCCUGCUCCUGCAGAUGUGGACAACUUGUCCCAACUGUUCGGCAAGGCCAGCAUUGACGACUUCCUCCAAAACUACAGCAGGUAGAAACACUGACUCUGAUUUCACUUUCCGGGGAUCUGAUUUCACUUUCCGAGGGAGAUGAUUUCACUUUCCAAUGGAGAUGAUUUCACUUUCCAAGGGAUAUCUUGCACAUUUAUUAUAAGUAAGAGUAAAAAUACAUAAUCCAUCUCAUCUCAUUUAUACGGCAUUUUAUACUCAGUGAUCUGAUAUUAUUUGGCAUUAACGUACGAUACUUAAGCAUAAUUCGAAUAUUACAAUAUACACAGGCUAACUGUGUCACGUGUUCGUUUGUACUUAGAUUAAUAUGGUAUGAAAAUCGCACGUUUGUUUUCAUCUUAUUAAGAAUUUUUAUUUGAAUUUGAACAUAUUUUCUCACAUAUUUUAAUCAAGAGGCUUGUUAUAUUCGUUCCCAAAGUUUUAUUAUAUAUUGUUAUUGUGAUUUCGCAAUAUAUGUUUCCACUCAAUAUGAUAUAUGCAAUUUCAAUUAGGUUAAAUUAUUAUUGUAAAAAGGUAGCAGGACAUUUCAGAAUUAAUAUUUUGCUAAAAUUGAAUUUUAUACUGUGGUAAUUUCCUGCACUUUUGACAAAACGGACAGUUAUAAAUUUGUUGUUGCGGCCUUGGCAACUGAAUCUUGUUGCUUAGCAACGAGACAUUGUCUGGCAGUGUUCGAGUAUUUGAUUUACGUAUAAUAAAAUAAUAUUGUGUUCGUGUAUUAUACAUAAUUAACUUAUUGACUUUUACCGUUACUAUAGUGAUUAGUUACUGUGGUGACUUCUCAUACAGUCAAGUAAUUUCUUAUUAAUCAAAGUUGCGUAAUAAUAAUUAUAAUCUGAGUUCCAUUACACUAGAUUAUGUAACCCCUUAUACUUUUAUUGCUGCGUUUAGUUUUAACUUUAAAUCAAUAGUAAUAAUAAUAUUCCAGAAAAUGUUGUGUGUGUGUCAGUUAUUAUUUUGUGUUGUAGAGAAACUGGGGCGGAGUUAUUUAAUUUCAAGCAAGGGCGAAGUAAGUCGUGUAACAGUCGUGUGACACUGAUGGAGUAACACGGAUAUAAUCACGAAGCAGCCCAACGUAUAAGAGUUAGCAAAUUUCAGUCUCUAUUUUGUAACUUAGUAAUUUAAUUUUUAUUUGUGUUUUUAUACUUAUUGACAUGAUCAAAGUGUCUGUGUCGUGUGUGUGUGUGCUUAAUUCAGUGGUUUUCAAGCCGAACUUACCAGGCUGCAGGCCUUUAACCGCUUCAUGAUCCGUUACCAUGGUAACAAGUGGAGUUGUUAUGGAAACAAGUAGCGUUGCCAUGGUGACCGAGUGGUUGAUGGGUGCAGCGGUUCGGGUCAGGAAGCCAGCAUGUACAUAGUUGAUUUGUUAUUAUUAUUUAUUAAUUUUAUACCGCACGAUUUGUCCAUGAUAGAACACUUUUCAAUUCGUUCUUGAAUUCUCGAGACCAGUGAUCGUUUUCUUUCAUCAAAUCUGUCAUGGGCUAUCUUGUCUGAUAGAAAUAAUUUCAAAUUUAUUGAUUAUAUUUAUAUGCUAAAUUGUCGAUGUGAUGGUAGAAUAACCUUGCGUCGAAUCGACCCUCAAAGCUUCCCAUACAUCUCGACUUGUCUCAAAUCUCUGAUUUGUCUAUUUGUACGCUGAUCUCCGAGUUAGGGGAGUUUUGAGGGUCUGUCAACCUUUUGGAGCCGUAAUAAUAUAACAAUAGUGAUUUCAAAAUCUUGCUCUAUCUAUCUGGGAAAUAUACGUUCUGAAUCUGGUUGCUUAGCAACGAGACAUCUAUUGACACCGGUUAUUUCUGAUAUGUACCAUUGUGAUAUUUCAAGACAGGUUUUAUUCUAUUUCUACGCAACUUAUAAA